AUGCGCCGAUGGCUAUUAGGGUUUCUAUGGCUUUCGGUGGUCCAUGGUGUCAUGGAGGAUGAUCUGGUAAAAUCGCUGCCCGGCCUCAUCUUCAACACGACAUUCAACACGUAUUCCGGCUAUUUACGCGCGAACAACCAGGGAAACUGGAAAAUGCAUUAUUGGCUUGUCGAGUCGCAAUCGAAUUCGAAGACUGAUCCGUUAUUAGUGUGGUUUAAUGGCGGUCCCGGCUGCUCGUCAUUCGCUGGAGCGCUAGAAGAACUCGGUCCCUUCUAUGUGAAUGCCGACGGCGAAACGCUAUAUGAAAAUGUGUUCGCCUGGAAUCGGUUUGCCAACGUGCUCUUCCUCGAGUCACCAAUUGGCGUCGGAUUCUCCUAUGACACCACGAAUCCCAACCUCACCCAUCAUACCGACGAUAUCACCGCCGAUCAAAAUCACUUUGCUCUCGCCGAUUUCUUUGUAAGGGUACAACCACAAUACGGGACUCGUCCAUUCUUCCUGACCGGCGAGAGUUAUGCCGGUCACUACAUCCCCCAGCUGACCGUUCGAAUCCUCAACGAUCCAGGAUUUCCAAAUAAAAAAUUCAUGGGAAUUGCCAUCGGAAACGGAGAAUUCAGCUCGCAGCGCCAGUCCAACUCGAUCAUUCUGUGGAGCUUCUACCAUGGCAGAAUCUCGUUGACCGACUGGGACCACGCGAAGAAACACUGCAACGGCGGGAACGGCACGGUCGACGACAUCGACCAGUACAACUUCUUUGCGUACUUUAAAACCAAUAAUAACAUGGACUACUUCUCAGAUGGGAGCACGUGUGGAAAUUUGCUGGAGGAAUAUUUGAUUCUGCCUUCUGACAUGGAUGAAUACAACUUUUAUCAGGAUUGCUAUAGCGUAUUCCACACGGCUAGUAAUAGCCAUCGUAGGCAUAAGCCGCGCUCAAAGGCGAAGAGUCGACGUGUACGUCGAAGUGCCCUCGAUCCGAAUACAGCUCUAACUUUAAAUCACGACUCCACAGAUUCGCAGUGGGGAUAUCCGUGCUGGGAUGAGGAUGUGGUGACAAAGUGGGCAAACCGGAGGGAUGUGCAGGAGGCCUUACACAUAGAUUCGGCUUGGCAAAAUCAAAAGACAAGCGGCGGUGAUGCGUAUCCAUGGAUGGAUUGCAAUGACAACGCAAUCUACAACAAUUAUUUCAACGACUACGCCGACACUACCCAAUUUUUCGAUCAGAUCAUCGCCAAGGCUGAAGCUGUCGGGUUGCCGAAUUUCCGGAUGUUGAUCUACAACGGCGACGUGGACACGGUUUGCAAUUAUUUGGGAGAUGCGUGGCAUAUGAAGGCGAUCGCCGACAAAAAUGGCUUCAAGGAGGCAGCCCGUCAGCGGUGGUACUACCGGAAGCAGACGGCCGGAUUUGUGCAGCGAUACAGCCGGAAUGGGCUGUCGAUCGAUGUGAUGACGGUUAAGGGUUCCGGGCAUUUCGUGCCGAACGAUCGACCGGGCGGCGCCCUGCAAAUGAUCACCAACUUUGUCUCGCUGGCUGCGAAUUCGUCUAGCGAUAUUGAUUAUAACAAGGCUGCCUGCGCGUUGGGCCGGGAAAAUUAUCGCUCCGGACGAUCCACGAGGAUGAGGAAAUUUCCACGAAGAUCAACCAUCGACGACCCUGCAAAUCGCUAUUAUUUCCUGCUGAUGAAUAAUCUAAACGUGGAUCCGGAAACGUCAUUCUUCCUCUCGCCAUACAAGCUCGAAAGAAGGGGUUUCUGGACGGUGUUUUAUGUGCCGAAUGCGCUUCGAAUCUGGGCGCAAAGGGAACAAGACCCGCGUAUAAGGGCCGGUCACCUCGAAAAUCCGCAGGAAGUUAUCGACCGUUUCCCGCCCCUCAAAAAAGACAGUGUACCGGAGAUUCCGGACGAAAUCAUGAGGGUUUUCGGAAAUUCGCCAAUCCACAGUGGUCACAUAAAUUUGGUCAAACAAAACGAGGCAGAGAAGUUGGCUCUCAAGCCCCUCUACAGCGGCCGCGAACAACCGAGCCCAAAAAGCCUGGAAGAAGUGUCUUCAAAGAGGGCCAACACUGAUGAGUCUAGCCGACAGCUUGAUGAGAUACAGAUAUUGUUGAAGAAAUUAAUAGGCAACCAAACGAGAAGAAAUUCUAAGAGCGCGCUUCAAGUUAAAAAUUCCGAUCCGGAUGGAAGUUCCGAGAAAAGAAGUAUCAUCACGCGAAAUGUCCCCGUCGCCAAAGCAAUACCAAGCGGGAUCUUC